UUUUAAAUUGUUCAAACAAAGUCCGUCUGCCUUAAAAAGAUGCUGAUUAAGACACUGGUAGACUGGGUAUGAACAUUAACAUUUGCAAAGUAUGGAUAGCAUGGACUAAACUAUGCAAACCAGAUUGUCUGAGAUAUCCAGGAGCCAAACAACAGAUAAGGGGUAAAACUAUUAAAAGUCUUAGAGUGGCUGAUGACAUCACUCAAUAGUAGAAUCCCCAGCGAUCAUUGGGGGCUCAGUGUGCGCCUGCUCUGGUUAAUGUUCACCUCACACACUGACAACGUCAACGCACAAAGGUCACCGUAAGAAAAGGAAAGGAGCCAUUUGUUCCAGACAGUCACAGAGAAGAAACUAAGCCAGUGAGUAGAGGAAGACAUAAGGGAUUACCAUGAUGGCCAUCACAGAGUUCCAGAAGAUUGGUGUUGGUCUGAUGGGAUUCGGUUUAUUUUUCCUGCUCUUUGGUGUGAUGCUGUACUUUGACUCCGUCCUGCUGGCCUUCGGGAAUAUUCUAUUGCUGACUGGUUUGAUGUUCAUCAUUGGACUCAGGAGGACAGCCCACUUCUUCUUCCAAAGACAUAAGUUUCGGGGUUCUUUCUUCUUCCUGGGAGGCGUAUCUCUGGUGCUGUGUCGUUGGCCAAUCAUUGGAAUGCUGGUGGAGAGUUAUGGUUUUGUGCUGUCAUUCAGGUCCUUCUUCCCCAUGGCCUUGGCCUUUAUGCUGUCAUCUGUGAACAUCCCUUUCCUCACUGCAUUUUUCCCCAGCAGCUCCUCCAUGGUCUGAGCAGAAGAACAUGUUGCAGCAGGGAGAGAAUGCUGGAUGCCCUUUAACUGGCUGUUAAUCUGAUACUGGGUGGUCAGAGGACAACUGAUGAGCAACUAAAUAAUUGAACUCUUGUCAUUUAUUUUGCAGAUGACUAGUGAGAAAAAAUAAUUUUUUAACAAUGUAUUGUGUUUUGUACCAUAUACGGUUACAGUUAUUAAUUAACAGUCAAACGAUAUGCUGCUUAAAAGCUACAUUUAUUUUAAAAAAGGGGCGUUUAUCCAUCUUAUUUUACAAUAAUUUACUGUUUUGCUUAACGAUGUUAAUAUUUUUUUGAAAAAUAA